AUGAAUCUUCCAUCUGAUCCUCACAGGGGAUAUUCAGAUGAGACUCGUCGCUCACGGACAACCACGGUCCAGCGGCACUCACAACAUGUACGGCAAACACAAUACCCUGCGUCUGCUUCGCGAGAGAUCUCACAAGUUCCACAAAGUCUCCCUCAAAUGCAACCGCACGUAACGGACGGCCGAACCUAUCUGGUCCAAGGACAUCAAGAUAUAUCUGCACGUCAAGACAUCCAAGGGUAUGCCCCGUCAACCAUCUGGGCAUAUCAAGGCAGUAGUGGCCUUCAGCAAUACGACGACCCUAUCGACGCACAGGGCCGGGUGACCCUCCCAGGCGGCCACCGUCCGUUCGACGACCCUAUCGACGCACAGGGCCGGGUGACCCUCCCAGGCGGCCACCGUCCGUUCGACGACCCUCAUAGAAGGACUGCUCAUUUCGUUGACUCUGGGCAACAUCCGGGAACCCGUUAUGCAUCGUACGCUGGUGACACUGAGCAACGUGCGAUCACUUCUGCUGCCAGGGCCAUCACCCAUUUUGAAAUGCAGUUCACCCAUGGUGCCAACCUCAAUGCCUCAGCCCAAGACGUCCUGCAAGGUGGUACGCCAUGGCCUUAUCCACAACGUAUCGACCCGAACUAUCGUGGCCAUCCACCAGCAGUUGAAUGUGCCAAUCAUAACGGCAAGUCUUCUCGGACCCGGCGUUGGUGA